AUAUUCAUCUUCGCAAUCAAAAAAUCAAACGGUCAUUGAAAUCCGGUAAGCUUUAUGAAAUUGUCGAAUUUCUUAUUGUUUUUUCGGUGAAACCUACUGAUUGUUCAUAGAUACAGUUAUUUUUCGUAAGAUUUAUUUUGAGUAACGUAACGUUGCUCGUCAAUUAAAGGUGGAAGCAAAACAGUGCCCAUAACUAUGAAUGCCAGUAGUGGAAACAACUCGAGCCAUGGUAAGCCGCUCAAAUGCAAUCAAAACGUUCAAGUAUAUCUUCGGCUCAGACCUACUAACACACGAGAAAAAUUAAUCCGCUCACAGGAAGUGGUUGAGAUAGUGUCGAGUAAAGAAGUAUUGCUAAAACCAAUGAUCCUUGACACAAGAAAUGCUAAGAAGUUUACGUUUGACCGAGCCUUCGAUGUUAACUCAAAGCAACAUGAAGUAUACAAUGCUGUUGUUGCACCCUAUAUCGAAGAAGUUCUGGCUGGAUUUAAUUGUACAGUGUUCGCCUACGGGCAGACUGGAACCGGAAAGACUUAUACAAUGGUUGGUGAAGAACAGCCUGAAUUAAGCGCCGGAUGGGACGAUGACACCCAGACCGGAAUCAUUCCGCGUGCGCUAAAUCAUCUUUUUGAUGAGUUGCGAAUGACGGAACUAGAGUUCUCAAUGCGAAUUUCCUAUUUGGAACUGUAUAAUGAAGAACUCUGUGAUUUGCUUUCUACCGACGAUACGGUCAAGAUUCGUAUCUACGAUGAUGUGAACAAGAAGGGAUCCGUUAUUGUUCAAGGUUUGGAAGAAAUCCCCGUCCAUAGCAAAGACGAUGUUUAUAAGCUGUUGGCAAAAGGCCAGGACCGACGCAGAACCGCCUCGACCCUCAUGAAUGCUCAGUCGUCCCGUUCACAUACUAUCUUCUCGAUCAUUGUACACAUAAAGGAGAACGGAAUAGAAGGCGAAGAAUUACUAAAGAUUGGUAAACUUAAUCUGGUCGAUUUGGCCGGAAGCGAAAACAUCACUAAAGCUGGCAACGAAAAGGGUAUUCGAACUCGUGAAACUGUAAAUAUUAAUCAAUCUCUGCUGACGCUAGGUCGCGUUAUUACGGCGCUAGUUGAGCGAACUCCGCAUAUACCAUACAGAGAAUCCAAGCUUACCCGUUUGCUGCAAGAAUCAUUAGGAGGUCGUACAAAAACUUCAAUUAUUGCGACAAUUUCUCCUGGUCAUAAGGAUUUCGAGGAAACCAUGAGUACACUGGAGUAUGCCCACCGAGCGAAGAAUAUUCAGAACAAACCGGAAGCAAAUCAGAAGCUUUCGAAGAAAACAGUUAUUAAAGAGUACACGGAAGAAAUUGAUCGGUUGAAGCGAGAAUUAAUGGCCACCCGUGACAAAAAUGGUAUUUACUUGCCGGAGGAGACCUACAAUGAAAUGCUGUACAAAUCAGAAUCGACCACCAAGGAACUGAACGACAAAGUUGUAUUGAUCAAACUUCUCAAAGAGGACUUAGCCAAAAAGGAAGCAAUAUUCAAGGAGGUAAGCCUCAACCUGAUCGAAAAGGAAGAUAUACUACGUAAGACGGAAGGGGAUUUAUCUCUCACCAAGCACGAAUUAACUACAACGAAACGAACCUUGAACAAGACGAAGCGAAGGUAUGCGGAGAAAAAAGUAAUUCUAGAAAGGCACGUUGAAACGGAGGAAGCAUUGACCGGGCAAGCGAAGGAGCUGAUCGAGGUGGUUGAAACGGUGCAGAGCGACGCGAAGGGGUUGCAUGAUACGAUCGACAGAAGGAAAGAGACGGAUAUGAAAAAUCAAACUGUAUGCCAGCAGUUUGUUGAGCAGAUAAAGAAUCGAGUGAAAAUUAUGCAAGCAAAUACAACAAAUUUGACCCAGGACUGCUAUCAGAUUAGCAAUGCCCUUGCUGGCGAUUGGGAAAAUUACAUUGAAAAGCAAGAAAGUUUUCAGCAGGACAUGCACACCAAACUUUCGGCUCUAGAAACUCUUUCACUGGGUAUGCUCUCUAAGGACUCCGACGUGCUGGCUAAGUUUCGCUUGGAUCAAACCAAUUGGAACAUGGAGCAAAUCAAACAGGUUCAAGAAUAUACCGACAGUAUUGAUAGAUCAGUUAAAAAUCUACUAACAACAUUGGCAGCCAACACACAGUCCCUGAAAAGGACUCUGGCGGAACAAGAGGAACAACAGAAGAAUAUGCUAGAGACAGUGCUUCAGGCAUGUCGUCGAAAUGAUGAAAGCAACCUUAGAUUUUGCACAGCACAAAAGGAAAGUUUGAAAAUGAUUGGUGAGCUGGCCGAACAAUUCGGCAAAAGUAAGACUCAAAUCGAUGAAAUUGCCAUAACUUCCCAACGAGCGAAUGAACAACGAAAGGAAAAACUGAUGAAGAUUAUGGAGCAAAUGAAAGAACUGGAACUUGAUCGACUAAGCGAAGAACAGGAACUCGUUCGGUUACGAACAAUUAGCCGUGAUGUUGAAACUAACAAUGCUUCUUUAGUGUCAACAAUUGCCAAUAAUACCGAAACAAUAGAUAGAAAUGUGCGUAGCCAGCAGGAAGAAUUUAAACAGCUGGAAAGUGACAUUCGUCAGUUGGAUUCGACGCGUCAGGAGUCUAAAUCUAUUAUUGAAGGACGGCUCCAGAAUCAGAUCAUUCAACCGAUGGAAACUACAUUCACCCAUUUGAAAGAAACUGUGUCACAGCAAAAGGAACAUUUUAAAACAUCCGAAGAGAUUUUCCGCAUUCGAUGGGAGGAUUUCACAGCUCAACGAGAGCAGGAUCAAACGGAAUUCAUCGCUGGUCACAAAUGUCAGCGAGAAGCACUGCAAAAGGAACUGAGAUCCAAUUAUGCUGCCCAGUCAGAAUUUCGAAAUACCACUGUUUCGCUGAACAAGCGAUUGCAGAGUAACAUCACCUCCCACCAGCAGCAGACUGAUUGUAGUUUAGCAGAGCUCUGUGAUCAGGUCGAUCGGUUUCACCGAGAAGAGCUCGUCCUUUAUCAACCAACUGGACAGACGCCAGCCCGAAAAACGAUUAGCUACCCGAAGGAUAUAGCAAUGACUUCUCCACACGAUCGAAUCGUUCGUCGGUUCUGGCGAGAACGAGGCAUGAUGGAUCUUGAUGUGUCCAACAUUAUCAACGAGGACAACGAGGAUGUUAGCGUGCUGUGCACAAGUUUGAACUCGGACGAGAUUCGGAAUUCCACUCCACUAGCCACGCGGUAUAACGUGCUGGACGAGGAUCAGAAACGAUUCAAGGAUCUGCAGUUUUCGACUAUACUGUCCAAGAUUGGAACCGAGGCGGAAUGCGAAGAAAACAAGGAAAACAUGGACACAAUCGUCGAAGGUGUGUAGUGAUUUGCCAUUUCUUGCCGAACAGAAUUGUAACCCUGUGUUGUACUAUGACUUGACUUCUUUUAAUGAACGUAUUUGACUUUCUGCUUCCCCUGUUGCGUGUACAGUGCCCAAUUUAGCUAACUUAAUAGAAGGUAUUCCAACUACGCUAAGUUACAGUUGUAUAUUAACUAAAUUGCUGCCUUAAACUCAGUGAGAUGUUCAACAUUCAAUUUUUAACUAUGCAGCGUAUGGCAGAUGGCAAUAACGCAGCUGAAAGCCAUUAAAAUGACAAUCGUACACUUCAUCGCAAGAAAAAACAAAAAUUUGCAAAUAUUUUUAUAUUGUUUUACUCUUCAGAUUACUAUUAAAAUGUGACUUUUUUCUACGA